UUCAGUUUCUGUAGUGUUUUCUGUCAAGGGGAAUAUAUUUUGUAAAUAGAUCUUCUUUAAAGAACAAAAGGUUAAGCAAGUCGAGGGUAUGUUAGGGAAUCCUUGACAGAAUUAUAUAUUUUACAUCAGAAGCAUUUGGGCCUUACAGAAAACUUCCUGAUGCACACAAUUUAAGGUUGCGCGUUGACGAGACCGGAGACCUUCUUGCAUACUGGGGUAACCUUGAAGCUAGAGAUCUUGUGUUGAAGAUCUUGAACAGACAUCUAUUAAUUUUGAGGUUAUGUUUGUAUCCGCCACAAGUGUGUAAAGGGUGUAAAGCAAAUGAGAGUAAGCUUGACAUGCAUUUAAAUAUUUAAUUCGUGAUUUUUAAGUUUGUUUCUUAUGACUGGAAGCUAUUUAAGAAAAAAAUGUUUGCUCGAGGAAAAAAGACAGAAACGGCUAUUCCCGUUAAGUUAGAGGAACCAUUGACGAGCGAAGGAUGUUUAAAGCUAAUUGUUGAACUUCUCAAGUAUUUGCUUUACAAUAAACAGCAGAUACCCUUUUCUUACGAUUGUUUGUCUCAAGUUCAAUCGAAAAGUAAGCCAACAGACAGAAAUUUUUUGAACAUCCAGAAGUUUUUUGACUCUUUGUGCGAUGUAACCGAACACUUGAAUUCACAAUUUUAUACCACAAGAUGUAAUGUGCGAGAAGUUGUGAUAAUCAUCGGUGCUACAAUCUUUUCUCCAAAAAUCUGCAUUCGAGUAGAAUUACCAGAGAAAAUUCUAGAUAGUAAACUACAUACAGAGUACUAUCAUUCGUCUCGAAAACCACUUUUACAUUUAAUGCGAUCAAUGUUAGAGUGUCACGAGUUCCAAGAUGCGAUGACCAUACCACUCGGACCAACGAAUACCUUCAUUUUGGUUCAAAAAAGCGACUCAAAUCAAAUGUCCGAAUUUUUCAUUCCGAAACCACAAUACGCUUUACCUGUGCAAGCGCCUUGUUUUCGCAUAAGGAUCGAUAACUGCGGGGGUAUUCAAACCAGCUGCCAUUGUCCAAGUGCAGUCUCUGUUUUUCACGACUCCAGAAGCGAAUAUCACAUCGAAAGUAACCAAUCCAGUAUUCUCAGCGAAUCAAACGAAUGCAAAGCAUCGGCUCCUUAUCAGUGGUACCAAUCCACGCAAGUGAUCAAAGGCUUUAAGUUUCUGAGAUAACAUUAAAUUAUAAAGAAGGCUCGUCCAAAAAAUACAAAGAUUUUUAGCCUAAUUGAGAACACUGAAGAAUAUUUGUAGUAAGUGACUAUUCGUAGUUUCAAUUUGUUGUUGUUGUAUUUUUACAGUUUUCUUUGACAUAACAAGGAACUGUUAACGAUAUUUGCAAUAUGGAUAUAGCUUUCAAUGUAUGUACAGGGCUCGUCAACGAAGAUGAAAUAGUAUUAUAUUUUCGUACUUUUUCUAAAAAGUAAUCUUUGUACGGUCCGCUAGACGAGAAAGUCACUUAUACUUUUUUGUUUUACAGUGAUUUCUGAUAUUUAAUAUUUAAUCAUCAGUAUAUUCCUCAUGUUUUGUGAUGAAUUACUUUUGCAUGUACAUAUCGACUAGUUUGUUUUGAAACUUAUGAAAAAUGAAUCUCAAAAUUGUAUAACGUAAGAUAAGCAAAAUAUAUUCUCCGCUCACAAGAUUGAAGACUGAAUAAUAUUCUUGUAGUUUAUAAUAAUUAAGGUCAUAAAUGGAGAUGUUUUAUUUAAAAA